UACAACAUGUAAGAAGUUAGACGGCAGUAAAUGGUGUGAGUUGCUCCUUUUGGAUCAGUGGAGAUCAGCUUCUGCACAGCCUGUCUUUGCUUUGGAGGGAGGGCUGACGGAAACUUGUUGCUGUGCCGCUCUGGACAGCUGGCGCUGUCCCCCUCAAUCCUCUCCCUGGACGCUGCAGAGACCGUGUUGGCAUGGAGAACUCUUCAGUUAUGGCAUUUAGCCCAGCCCAUCCUCCGGCACAAAUGGAGGCCACGACACUACCCAUGCCGAGUAUCAGUGAACGCACCACAGUAGCCGCUGUUGCUGAUUAUGAUGUGGAUGAUGGAUUCUUGGAUGCCAUUCUAGGAGGUGUCAUUGCUUCCAUUGUCGUGGUGCUCAUCUGCCUGACAGUGGUAGUCCUUCACUACAUGUACAGGCACAAGGGCACUUACCACACCAAUGAGGCCAAGGGCACCGAGUUCGCCGAAACAGCAGACGCGGCACUCCGCGGCGACCCUGCCCUGAGGGACACCGUGGACGAGAGCAAGAAGGAGUACUUCAUCUGAGAAUGUGUGGGCCGCCGCUCCUGUUUCCAUCGGACACGAAUCUUCCAAUUAAUAUGCUUUUAUGUGGAUUUUCAAUCGGAAGAUGAAAGCCAGAGGAUGCUGCUGGCGUACAGUAAAAAGAAUGCCUCUCAGCAAAUGAGCGUCUGCUCCUACUUUGCCUUCUCCCAUUUGAACUCAGUGUGACUGAUCUGACAUCAAUUUGCCAAUGAAACAUCAGAAACGUCUGCAGAUGACAAAUGGUGCCUGCUCCCCAUCCUGUUUUUUCUCUGCGUUGUUGUUUAAGUCUGGGUAUGCCAUACCAUAGAGCGCGACAAGCCAGCCAAAUGUAGGAACAACAAAUGAUCUAAAGCAAAAUACAGUACGGCAUCAAGCUUUUAUAUCACAGAGUUAUAUUUGGCUUAGUUACAUUGCCUCCUUUGUCAGUGAGACUCUAAUAAGAACCUCAGAAAUCCGUGGAAGCAAGGCUUUUGCAAAGACACCCAAAUCAAACAAAAGCAAACAAUCCUCGACUCGAGCAGAAAGUGAAAAGGAAGCAGAAAGUUCUUUCUCACACACCAAUUAGUGUCCCGAGCUGAAUUACAGCCAAUGUUUACAGGGACAAAACAGAAAACGCCAGCUCUGCCAUGACCUGCUCACAGAGGUCACGUCUGUGGUGUCAUGUGUUCAGAGCCGACGUCUUCAUGUAAUCUUACCUCGGGCGGGUUUAGUCCUUGCAAGCGCUUUCCUUCAAUGUCCUGCAUGGAUGGUCUAAUGGUGACGUUCAGGACGGAUGCACCGCAGCCUUGAUGGAAUGAGCCUGAGAUGAGGAGGGAAAACACAAAGGGAAGGCCCUGAAAGCACCAGAGAAAACAUAAUCCACAGUCCCAGUCAUGUCUGAGUGUGUUGGAGGGUCUCUCAUCAGUCGGUUUUCAUCACCGCCCGCCGCUCAUCGACAUGCUUAGCUUCACGGUAAAGUCACGAGUAGAAGCGUCGCACCACACGUAGGCCUUCCUGUGUCCUCGGUUUGCCUGGAGGAACGACUCACUUUAACUUCAUCGCCAAUCAAUGAAAGACUUUAAACUGCACCUCAGAGGAAUUACAAGGUUUGUGUUCCUGAUCCACGCGCGGCAUGAUGAUUAGAUUUGACCUGCCGCUUUGACCUUGCGGCGAUCGGCUGAGCUUUGCAAAGAUAAUACGACGGAGCCCUGAGGUGCACCUUUUUUCCGAGGAAGCUCAUUGUGUUGCUGUUGUUCUUGUUGUUUUUAUCAGCGGAAUUAAGUUGCAAGACACUGUAAACAGCACCUUUGAAAAUGCCUAUGUAAAGAAAAAAGAUUAAAGCACAUCGAAGGUAAACACCAGUUAAAGGCUAAUGACCUUGACUCAAAUGAGAAACAGCAAUCGGAAGAAAUUAUUUUGAUUUUUUUUUUUUUUUUCCAGCACUGCUG